GUCUGAUUCAGCCACGCAGGUUGUUUGGGGAUACGUUUAAAUCGCACAUUGUACCUAAACCGACUUCAAAAUGCGUUCUCGUUCUGUUUGUUUCGGAGCAGCUUGCAUUUUGGACGCUUUUGCCCGGUGCGGAAAAAGGUUUUAAGGUGUUUAUCAACAAAGAAGACCAAGGCUCAGUUAUUUGAUAAAUAAACUGGCACUGCCCAUGUCAAUGUCUGUCUGACCACACCUCCAAAUGGACUAAAAGGGCAUUUCAAUAAAUCUUUCAUUUCUUUCUGUGGACUAGUGCCAACGCUGCAGAACUUCCCAACGUCCCGAUUCCAGGUCACCGUGUCCCCAAAUUUGUGCUACCGCUGUCACGCACCCUCGUCCUUGUAUUCAUCCCCAUCUUCAUGGGGCUGUUUCUGCAUUCUCUGUUCCCGUUCUCUAUCAUGCCACAGACUACUACAAUUGUUUUUCCCCCGUGGUCUGAUACGUCGGAUUUGUUCUUUUAUUUGUGAACUGCGCAAUAACGGCCUCUGCCCAACACAUGGUGUAGGGGGGAAGUUUUAACCCUUGCAAGAAACUCAACUGAAUGUGACGAGCUCUCAGGUUUUGACUCAAGAACUUUACAGCUGACUUAGCACUCAGGUUUAAACCAAGGACUUAUCGACUACAUCCAGGUUUUAAAUAAGCAUCAAAAUAAGCAGAAAACCCAUUUUGAAGCAUAUGUGAAGAACAAACCAUGAGCUCGGACUGUUUUCAGUACCGUGCACUGUUCGAGUACCAUCAGGAACGUGGUGACGACAUUUCCCUGCAGCCUGGAGAUUUCCUCACGGUUGCCAAGACACAAGAUCACCAGGAGGGUGAUGAAAAGUGCCCAAAGGGCUGGCUGCAUGGCACCAAUGAACGCACUAAAGAGAAGGGCAACUUUCCUGGCACCUUUGUGGAGUAUGUUGGGGUUGUGAGGGCGGGCCUCCCCUCAGGAAAACCUUGGCCAAGACCAGUUCCCCCAACACCUGUUGGGCCUCAGCCCCCAGCAGCCACAGCAUCAGAGGGCUCUUUUGGAAAGGAAGAUGUUGUGGAGCAGUGUGCUCAGUCGGACCAAACCCCAGCGGUGGUCCUCAGGCUGACAGAGGCUCUGGAGAGACAGGGAUGGGAGAGUGAGCCAUUGUACCGGACCGCCCUGACCUCGACUGGACCCCCAGAAUUGUUUCAGGCUUUAGAAACAGACCCAGCAGCGGUGGACUUUGAGCAAUAUGAAUUAUCUGUAUUGGCUGAUACUCUUCGAGGUUACCUUCAGGACUUGCCUUGCACCAUCAUCCCAGCUGUAGUGUACAGUGAGCUGGUCUACACUGCUCAGGAGAUCCAAAGCAUGGAGGAGUGUGGACAACAGCUGAAGAGAAUCCUUGACUCCCCCAGCAUCCCUCAGGCUAACCACCAGCUCCUGGUUCAUCUGACACGACACCUAAGCAAGGUGUUACAGAGUGGAGGAGCAGCUCAGGCAAGCCCCAGGCUUCUGGCUCUGGCCUACAGUGAGGCUAUCUUCAAACACAACCACUUUAGUGCGGAUGUUAACCCAGAACACCAUGUUAAGAUUCUUGAAGCUCUUAUCAUGGUUGGAGGCCUAGUGGAGAUACAGGCAGCUCCAGCGCUUCCUCCGAAACCAGCAAAACCCAUGACACCAGUAAAUGGUAACGGCGUGAAAGAAGCCGCCAGUAGUUCAUUACAAGAUGCAGAAUGGUACUGGGGAGACAUAUCGAGGGAAGAGGUAAACGACAAACUGAGGGACAUGCCUGACGGUACUUUUCUGAUACGGGACGCCUCCACCAAGAUGCAGGGGGAUUACACGCUAACACUUAGGAAAGGUGGAAACAAUAAGCUAAUAAAGAUCUACCACCGGGAUGGGAAGUAUGGAUUCUCAGAUCCCCUCACGUUCGGCUCGGUGGUGGAGCUCAUCAGUCACUAUAGGCACGAGUCCCUGGCCCAGUACAACACCAAACUGGAUGUUAAGCUAAUGUACCCCAUCUCCCGCUAUCAGCAGGAUCAGCUGGUGAAGGAGGACAACAUUGAUGCAGUGGGGAGGAAACUCCAGGAAUAUCACAAUCAAUAUCAGGAGAAGAGUAAAGAAUAUGACGGACUCUAUGAGGAGCACACAAAAACCUCACAGGAGAUUCAGAUGAAACGUACCGCAAUAGAGGCUUUCAACGAGACCAUCAAAAUUUUUGAAGAGCAGUGUCACACGCAAGAACGAUAUAGUAAAGAAUACAUCGAGCGAUUCCGCAGAGAAGGCAACGACACAGAGAUUGAAAGGAUCAUGAUGAACUAUGAGAAGCUCAAGUCCCGUUUGGGUGAGAUUCACGAAAGCAAAACCCGGCUUGAACAGGACCUAAAAACGCAGGCACUGGACAACAGGGAGACGGACAAAAAGAUGAACAGCUUAAAGCCGGACCUCAUCCAGCUAAGAAAGAUCAGAGAUCAGUACCUUGUUUGGCUCAACCAUAAAGGUGUUCGACAGAAACGAAUCAACGAUUGGCUGGGGAUCAAAAACGAGAACACGGAUGAAGCCUACUUUGUCACUGAGGAAGAUGAGAAUCUGCCGCACUAUGACGAGAAGAGCUGGUUCGUUGGAGACCUGAACCGCACGCAGGCGGAGGACUUGCUUAUUGGCAAACCUGAAGGAGCGUUCCUCAUCCGAGAGAGUAGCAAGAAGGGUUGUUACGCCUGCUCUGUUGUCGUGGAUGGUGAGGUGAAGCACUGCGUCAUAUACAGCACGCCUCGUGGCUAUGGUUUCGCCGAACCCUACAACCUGUACAGCACUCUGAAAGACCUGGUCCUGCACUACCACCAGACCUCGCUGGUCCAGCACAACGACUCGCUCAACGUGCGGUUGGCGUAUCCCGUGUAUGCACAGAUGCCCUCAGGACCCCGCAGAUGAAGACUCACCCCACCAAUAAAACUGUCUAAACUCUGGCGUGGGGGAUCAGUUACUGAACAAAUAACCCCUACCAACAAAAAAACACUUGCUGCAACACACACGUCAGCCACCUUGGAGUUAUAUAUUUUUACAAGAACAUUUUUGGAGGGCAUUCUUUCUAAAGACUGCUUGAUUUGCACAAGGAAGUUUAAAAUGUUUGUGAAUGUGAAAAAAACAGCAGAAGGAAGCAGAGGAGGCGAGUUUCAGGUGACCUGCGCUGCUACCUAAACUCCAGCUGGGACUUUUUACUUGCUUCAGUUAAGUUUUUAGCUUAAAGUUUUUUUUAUUCCUGCCUGUUGUUUCGCUCAACUUUUUUGUGUUCCUUUGUAUUAUCUUUGGAUCAUUUUUAAACUAAAUGUACGGCAGGAGACAUAUUUAGUUUGUUUAAAAGUUUUCUGUUUAAAAAAUGGCAAAAACUAUGUAGCAAAUAGACAACUGACACUUUCAAGAGUGUUCUCACAGUGACUGCUGCUGAAUAAGGGAUCGGGGGAUGUUUUGGGAGGGCACAAGUGAACAGGUGUUGUCUUAAAAAGCUUGUUUUUAGUCUAACUUUAGAGAUUUUAGUUUUCUGUCCUUUCUAAGCAAGAAUAAGGCCGUUACAGUUCAGUACAGAGACCAAAGUUGGCAUUGGGAGGACAUUUACCUUAUUUUUACAUUUGGCUUUGUUGAACGAUCAUUCCGAAAACACAUUUUUUUGCAAACUAUUAAGAUAGUUUGAAACCAUGUCGUGGGAACUUAACCUAAACUUUUUUUGUAAAUGUUUUUUUAUAACCAAAUUCGCAUGCACAGACACCGUCGACAUGAAGCACUUAGAUAUACAAAAGACAAGUGACCGCUGCACGUUUCUACACCAAAUUUAAAAGAACAAGAUGUAAUGUGUGGUUUAAACUGAUAUGACAACUUAUGCUUAAUGUCUGAUGAGAAAAAUCGGAUUUGUCUCGUUGUUAGGCAGGCAUGCAGAAAAUGUCUCGUUCUUUAGUGAGCGAAGCAACGCUUUUCAGAGCAGAUGUGCUGUAGUACAUGGGUCAAUGACAAAUAAGAAAAUGUCAGGUGGUGCGACCAUAUAUUAAUUUAAAAUAAUAUACAUUUAAUGUAUUUAGCACUGAGUAUUUUUCCCCUCAUAUAUAAGAAAUUAAACAUAAAAUCAUGCCAAAAUAUUUUAAGAAUUUUAUUGAGAAAAUUAACAUUUAUUUCUCAGUUUUUUUCUCUGUUUGUAUGUUCGUACGGUCGCACCACCUGACAUUUUUGGUCUUUCAAACACCAAAACUCAAAAAAUCUAUUGAAUUUCAAUAAAAUGAAAAGGGUUUCUUAUAAAGGACAUAUUGUAGAUCCAUUUGAUAUAUGACAUGUAUUUAUUCAAAUUCUUUUUAGGAAAAUAAUGAAUUUGGACACAAAACACGUCAUUGACCCACAUACAGCAACUUGAAGAAAGUGCAAUCCAGCUUUUGAUGGUAGUCUUAACUGGUCCGUCAGAGAGAAGUGGUCUGUCAGAGAGAUGCACAAACAGCUCUAGGUGACAUCAAAAAGCGAUAAUCACUUUAAAAGAAUUGUGGGUUUCAUUUAGAAUAUCAUACAUAAAAAUUCCCCUUAUAUAGCGUUUCUCUUUUUAGCAGGUUGACUAGUUUUGUGUCAGAAGACAAAAUACAGUUUUUAUUAUUUGGCUGCCUCCUGGUUGUAAAGUCGCACAAUAAAACCUUUAUGAUGAUCAUCACAGCUAUAUGCACAAUAUUCAGUGUCAGUACACACGUCACUUCCUAUUUCUUGUUGGACACUAUGUUGUCCAAUUGUUAAGUAUUUCAGUUAACACUUCGGGUUUUUUUCAACACUUUUUUUGGAAGACCUCUUACAGAAUAGCUAGGGCAGACGUUUAUCAGAGCACGCUGUUUUAUUUCUAUUGUCUGUGUAUGCAAACUCUCAUAAAUACAUCUUUACAGCCUUUGUAUUAAGAUCAUUGGCUUUGCCAGCUUCUUUUCUGUGGAAGGGAAAUUUAUUUCGUGUCAUACGACCAGCUUUUUUGCUUUAGUUUUUUCUGAUCCUCUAAAUAGUUUAGGCGGUCUAGAUAAUUUUUUAAGCUGGACCCCUGAGGGGUCCCCUGUCUAUUACUUGAACUCUUGCAUCGCUCACCAUUGAAUGUCUUUAUAGAACAUAUAUCCGUUUAUUAAAAUGCAGGAAAAUCCCUUUUAUGGCACAAGUGGGAGAGUAUAAAAAUUGCGUUUCAUGCAUUUACUCUUGAAGACACGAAGCUUGUGUUUUACUGAAAGGAAAUGGGGUUUAUUUUAUGUUCACAGAGCUCAAAUAUGACUGUUUAUUGGAGUGUAUUGACCAAUAUAGCACACAUCAUAUUUUAAGAGUGAAUUAUAAGACAAAUGUUAUGUUACACAAUUCAUGCAAUGAUUAUACAUAACUUUUAUUGAAGAAUUGUCUAAAACAUGUUUAAACCUCUUUUGUUUGUUUAUGAGCGUUUUUCCCAGGCAUUGAGACCAAAGAUUUGAGUUUGGUUUGGUUUUUCUUGGGUUGUACUAGUUUUAAAGAGAUGCAUUUAUCUUUUCCCCUUGUAUUUCAAAUGCCUUUCUUUCAUGCAAACGUAAUUUUGUGUCUUAGUUUUUGGGUUGCCAUCGCUAACCCCUCGCUUGUCUUGACAAAAUAACAAUGUCUUUGACUAUUUCUGUCUGUAUAUUUAAGGGUUCAUCGUAGUGCACUGUGGUUUGGCUUGUCUUUUUGCCAUUCAAAAAACGAUUACAAUUUGUUUACCGAAAUGAAAUGUAGUUUUGUUAAGCCUCAAAGACUGGCCUAAAAGCGGAUGUUUUUGUUUUGUUGAUAGUUCAUUUUUGCACUCACUCAUUAUUUGGAAGAGGUAAAUAGAAUCUUGUGUGCCAUCAUAUUUUUGCUUACCUUGAACCAUCAUUUGUUUGUUAGGUCACUAAAACACCUCUAAAUCAGCAAAAUCAAGUGUUUCUAUGUGUUUUCUUUACAGAUUUGUUUUGCAUUCACAGACUGUUGAUCUGUAGUUGGAGUCGUUGUUGCUGUUUUUAUUUUUUACUUGGGAGACUGAUAUACAGAAAACAGAAACUAUGUACCCCACAGUAAUUUGUGGUUUAAGAAAAAGCGGCAUUGCCGUUCUCUGCAGGGCAGAAAGCAGUGGGGUUUGUUGGCUUUCUUUGUUCUUACACUCCAGAAAGCAUGCAAUAUUCUGUUUUCCCUUCUGUAAGUUUUCAGGGACAUAAAAAAGCAUUGCAUUGGGGAUUCGUAUGAGAGACAUUUACUGGAGGAAAAAAGCUUCUUUUGUAUUAAAGUGGAAAUGGGGGAAAGUAACACAUAAUAACAAGCCAACAGAAUCAGCAGUGCAUUGCUUAAAAGCUCAGAGGCUUUGGGCAAGAACCAAAACAACAUUUUCCUAUAUAACAGCUUGAUUUUUCUGUCAAUCUCAGUCAAAUAAGCAGGUGUAAUGACUAGAAGACCUGGCUUAGGUUAUUUCUGGACUGUUAGCUAUUGGCCCCUUGUGCAAGUCUGCAAAGUUUUAUUUGCAGUCGGGUUUGAAUAUGUUGUGAUUCUCUUUGGGAGUCUUUGUGUUCUUACCACAGCUGUCCCGCCGUGAUAUCCAGCACAUUUCUUAUAAAAAAGUUUUUAAAAAAAGAAAGAAAAAAGAAAAACUGUCACUCUCCUUCCCACUUUGACAUACGUAAAACCCAGCAUGCUUCUUUGGUACUCUUGACUGUUGUUUUGUGUAAAUAAAUUCUUAAACAUAAAAAAAAGAUGUGGAACAAAACUGUUAAUUGUCUGUUCAUGGUGUAGUCAAAUAUAAAUUUUAAUAUAGCUUAUAAAAAUACAGCUUUUUCAACUGAAUGCGUUGGAGUCCUUUGUUGCAGCCGAUAAAGCAAAAUGAAACUGUUCGCAAAAACUGAGACAGAGGAAACAAAAGAAGCAAUAGAAAGCGGCUUACAGUACCUUUUGCACAACCUGAACAACAUAAAAAUGCAUUCUGAAAACUGUCAAACUAAUGUCAUGUCAACUAAUUGAUAUGAUAUAGUUUAUUCUGCUUAAAUAUAUGUGGAGUCCCUUAGACCAGCAGUAUUUCUCAUCUCUGGACUUAACAGACUUGAGCAAUAAGCCACAGGCUCUCAAUGGCCAGAACAUACAAUACACUUAAAACAUGUUGCUCCAGCUCUGUCUAAAAAUCCUUGUGUAAUUAGUGUUUCAUGUCUUCAAGUUAUAGCACAAACAUACUCACACAUUCAGGUAUUUCUGUUCGUUGCGUCGAGAGAACAAGCGAUGUCAGGAAUCCUCUCUCUCAGUAUUUGAAUUUCAUUAGUGCUUAAUUGUAUUCUUCGGUUUCAACGUCCACCACAAUACAGCAUUUUCUUGUAUCUGUUACAAAAGUUUGUAUUGGUUGUAAACUCUUUGUUAUGAGGUGAACUCCUGUAUAUACUUAAUGGAACUCCACAAUAUUCAGUUCUCUCGCAGAAUAAAGAAAAUAUUUUGUUCAAA